AUGACUCCGAAAUCACUGGUCUUCCUUUCGACACUUUCCCUCGCGUCGGCCCAAGCAUUUGAUCGUGGCGUGUACGGUCUAGGCUACUGGAAUGAGACCUAUGCUGUCGCGGCUAAUCAGAAUCCCAAUAAUACUAAAUCAGUGCCAUUCCAGAUUGGCACCCAGAACUACACCUUCCAGGUCAACGUUGCCGAAUUCAUACCAACUGGAUCUCAGGCGAAUCGCACCCAAGAUCCGCGCCAGGCAGCUUCUUUCUACAACCUUCUCUGGUCUGGAGAAGAGACUCUGAACGAAACUCUGAGAAAUGCAGUCACUCCUGACGCGGGAGUGAUCACACCACAGCUUUGUGUAACCAUCCCCAUGGGUACUGCGCCGAGGUCCGCAACGAACAACUACAGAGAAGAAGACAAUGGAGACUGCUUGCACGCGUUAGGAAAGCAAUGCAUGGCUGCUCUCAAGAACAUCGGUCCCACUAUAAUCAGUCAAUGUAAUGGGUUGUGGAUGCCAGAAAGCUGUAGCUCCAAACUCGGAUCUGGUUUGGGAAGUACCAAAAUUCUUAGUGCGGCAAGCAACAGAACCGACGAAGUGUUCACAAUGUCUCCUGUCGAGUUUGCAUCUUAUCGCUCGCAGAUUUUCUCGGCUGGAAAUGAGAGUUAUUACGAACGAGAGGACCAGAGGCUUCAUGUUGCCUUUUUGUCUGGAAGCUGGGGCAUCACGCCGAUCUGCACUCGUGUCAACAACACAAAGUUGGGUAAGAAUGACAUCGCAGUCGAACAGGGAGGUGCCGGAAGCGUAAGAGGAAGUAUCGGUCUUUCGGUGGUGGUUGCUUUGGCUGCUGCCAUGUUCAUGCUCUGA